AGGAGACCAUCAAUAUGAACUAUAUCAUCUCUGAUUCUUCAAUAUAACCAAACAUUCAGAGAACACACAAUGAUCAUCUUAUUCUUAACUAUGACUUUGAACACCAUUCUGGUUUCAGGUUCCUCUCUCAGUGACAAAGUCGACCAGAAUCCACCCAACAUGUACAAAAAUCCUGAAGAGAAAGCCAAAAUCUACUGUUCACACAGUAUUGCCACCUGGAAUCGAAUCCUCUGGUACAAACAAUCAGACAGACAGCUACAGUACCUGGGAAACAUGGUAGCAGGCAGUGCGCUUCCAGAGAGUGGACUGGAUGAGGAUGUGACCAUAGGAGGGAGUGCAGAUGAAGGCCGGAACUGCACAUUAACAAUUAACAGUGUCAGUGUGAGCAGCAGUGCAGUUUACUUCUGUGCUGCUGGACAGACCCAGGGCACCCCUGCUUACUUUGGAAAAGGAACUAAACUGACAGUUUUAGAAACAGGACAACCAGUCACCCCACCGACGGUAAAAAUAUUUCCACCUUCAGCAAAGGAGUGCAGAAACAAAAAGGACGAUAUAAGGAAGAAGACCCUCGUCUGUGUGGCUUCCGGUUUCUACCCCGACCAUGUUAGCGUCUCCUGGGAAAAAAACGGUAACGGGGUUAAGGAUGGCGUGGCGACGGACAGCGCUGCCAAGAGAACACCUGACAAGACCUACAGAAUCACCAGCAGACUGAGAGUUCCUGCUGAUGAUUAUAACAAACUCGGCAACACUUUCAAAUGCAUCGUCAGCUUCUAUAAUGGAACAGAAAAUGUCCUUCGUCAUGCUUCCAUUAAGAGUAUUCAAGGUAAAUCAGAGGGAGGCAUGACCAAAGAGAAGUAUUUGAAGCACCUACAAAAUGCCAAACUCUCGUACGGCGUCCUAAUCGUGAAGAGCUGCAUCUACGGAGCCUUCAUUGGGUUUUUGGUGUGGAAGCUUCAGAGUUCAGCCAGAAAAUACAGCUGAGAGCUGAGAUGAGACCUGAACAAGCAGGAGACGGAUUGUCUUUGUUUGUGUAAAUAAAAUGCUGCAGCGUAUUUGCAUUCAUAUAUAAAUAAGCCAGCUGAAUCCUGCUAACAAUACAGAAACAUAUCUAUGCAUAUUCAAUGGUAAACCUACUGUGUGACUGGUUCUAUGUCCACGUCACUGUUUGUGUUUCGUUAAAACCGUUUCCACUUAAUGCUUCAUUAUUUUCUCAAUAAACGUUUGUGAAAUGA